GUGGACACCAUGUUGAUCCAUUCUGGGAUAGCAGCUGAAAAAGGCUCGAGAUUGUCCACCCAUGACCCAUGCUCCGCCUGAGCAACAGAGGCACCUUGCUCUGGUCCUUUUAAUUUAGAGUUUCCACUCGCUGAAUGCCUCCCUGGUUCUAUUUUUAGAUGCCGCACCGCCGCCAUGCAAAUACCCGAGUAUACUCAGAAGGGCUCCAGGAAGGGAGCAGUGAGGGACACAAAACAGGACAAGGGGGGAGAAAGAGGUGUCAUGCGCGCACGUCAGCAGUUCAAGGUACUGAGAGCUCGAGUUAUUGCCCUUCGCCACCACCAUGCAGAAGUUGGCGACUGUUUUCCCACAUUACGUCUGGAACCCGGUCAAAAAAGUGGUAGAGCCACCUUGCGUUUAAGCAAGAAAAAGUGGAGCGAGCAGCAGGACAAGCUCAGACCAGGUGCACAAAUCCUAGAUAUAAAUACCGAUGACCGUGGAAAGCACCCCGAGUUAUGCCUCACACCCACAUCUCACACUCGCCACUCUUUUCCCACUCCUGUACACUUGUAUUUUAGACAACCAUGGGCACACAAAGAGACUAUCCAACAUUUGACCCUCGCGGAGGAGUCACCCCAGAUGAAGCACGCGAACUGUCGGAUACUGAAAAACACACUGCCGCUCAUGUACUUUAGCUAG